AUGGGCAAAGAGGGACGCGGCAGCCGGAGCCACCUGCAGCAACAGGUCCAAACGUGCAGCGGCAGCCACCUGUGGAACGCAGCCGGAGGAGAAGGGGCGGGGCCAAGGCAGCCCCGCCCCGGAACUGGAGGGCUCCCCGGACCAGGGUUGCUACAGCAACGCGUCAACUUCCGGAGACAGAAUUGCUUAACAUUCAGAUUUCCCAGGCUGCUUCAACACCUGGGCCUGGGUUGUAGAGUAGCACCACAAAAAAGAAAGAUGCCGUUCCACCCCCGGAAGCUGCCCCUGGAUAUCCCUUCGCCCACAGAAACGGACUGGAUUAAAACAGACGAAGAGGAUAAUUUAUUCGUCAACGAUCCAGAGAAAUCCCACGAUUCAUUGCCUCAGCCUUUCCGGAUGAUCAGUAAGCUGGUGACCGUUGUGCUUGAGGAGGCCUGGGAAGUUAUCAAGGGGAAAGAUCGGGAAGAGCUGCAGAAACAAGAGCUGGCACCCACGCUGUACCAACCUUCUGCUGAGUUCCAGGUGGUGGGAACAGCAAACUGCAUGGUCGCCUCCAGCGAAUACAUCUUUAUUGGGCUCUCUGCGGGGCUGUUUGUCUUCAGCAUAUCCACGUGUGAGAAGGUUUGUGCUUGGGAAGCAGCCAAGCUUGAGAUCUGUGCCAUCCGGGCCUCAGAUCUGGGCAAUGGCUCCCACCUCCUUGGCUCAGUGGAUGAGCUGGGUUGUGCCCGCCUCUUUUAUUUUUUCAAGGAGAACCUCCUGCAUAUCAAAGCCAUCAAUGAAGUGGAAGAUAUCAGUAAGCGGACGGCCUGCACGGAGCUGGAGAUUUCUCGUGGGGGCGAUUACGCAGGCUUCCUUCUGCAAGGCGACGCAGAGGUUUGGCUGGAGAUCUACCGAUUGCCUAAGGAAUCCUGGCUGAAGGAGAUCCAGACGGCGGCAAUGACACCGCUCUCUGCAGCCUUGCCCGCAGGAUAUGCCAAGGAGGCGGCAGCAACCAGCCAGAUAUUUGUGCCAAAGACCAUGGAUAUGCAAGGAACAGGCACUGAAGACACGGAACUUCAACAGCAGCUACUCAAAGCAGAGUCUAGGCUGGGCCCCCCCGUUCUGCUGCUAAAGGUCAGAGCUCCCAAACCACUUGCAGGAAGCAUAUUUAAGAAUCCCUUUGAAGCCCUGAUGAAGAGCGACGACGGCCACGGGAUUGGCUUGGGAAACAACCACUUGAUCAAGGAGAGCCAAUGGGAGUGGCAGGAGACUGUUUUCACUGGUGCCUUUCAUCAGUAUCUGGAGACAGAGGAUGAGCAGGAGAGCAGAGAAGAGAAGCCCAGCCAUGCUGUGUUUCAUUUUCACUUGCCUGGCCGCAUUUUGCCCAUGGGAACUGAAACCAAAGUUGAGCCAGAUAUGCCUGUUGCGUUCAGUGUUCACUGGAGUCGGAGCCAAAACCUCUGCUUCUAUUUUCUCAGCCGCCCUCCAAAGGAGAAACUGGAUUCUGAUCCGAAACCAGAUGUUGUCUGGCCAUGUGCUGCUCCGAUUACCUGCUCAGCAACCACACCUUGCUCUUCUUAUCUGGCUUUUGCUUGUGAAGAUGGGGCCAUUACUGUCUGGGACAAAUCUCUAGGGUUCCCCUUGUCUGUUACUAUGCUUCCAGGAGGUAGUGCUGCACGCAGCAUCCAGUUCAUGCCACGUUCAUCGCUGCCCAGCGAGAAGACAUCUUAUUCUUACGAGAAUCUUCCCAGUGCCAAAGUACAGCUCUUGGUGUUGUGCACGGAUGGGUCUCUCCACCUGAUUACGUCAGGGACCAAAGAAUUCAACACCAAACUCCUGGGAUGCAGGCCCGAGUCCCCUGGCCAGACCAUCAGCACUGUAUCAACCGUUUCCGCCUUGCCUAAUGCCGUGCUGAUUUUCUCCCGAGACGGCACCAUCGGCCUGAUGGACGUUGCCACGCAAGAGAACCUUUGCCACUUCAUCCCCCGGCCUCCGUACAGGGUAGUGUCUCCGUGGCAGCCAAUUUUUACUGUGGAUUCCGAUGGGCAAUACUUGAUUCUCAAAGGGGAAGAGCUGUCUGGAGGCGUUAAAGCAGAGACUGACACCAUCUUCCUCUUUAACUUCAAGUCGUACCCAUUCAUGGAGAAGUUUCUGCAGAACGUGGAAUUUCCCUCUGACUCUGUGGAUCAUCUGCGGUGGGACACGCGGACUAACCGUUUCCUAAAAGACAGCCUGGAGCAGCUGUCCACAAUUAGCCAGCAGAUGCCCGAGUGCUGGAGCCAGCUGCAGACCUACGCGGCCACCUUGCAAGCGGAGAGUCUGGAGAAGUGACGGGGGCCGGCAGGAGACCAGGAGGGGUUGAAGAUUUGGGAGACAGUCGCCAGAACGGCAGAGCAGAAGGAUUCUGCAGUGAGCCCGCGCAUACCUUACACCCAACACGGAUGACGCCCAUGCACUCACUGGAGAGCUCCAUGCAUUCCACGCCAGAGCUCCAUUUAGCCGCUGCGCCUCAUCGGGUGUGAACCCUUCCGGAGAGCAUCCACGUCGCAAGCCUUACAACCAGUCUUGUAGAGCAGGGCAAGAGCCGGGCCCAAGAGACAGCGAGCUCCAAAAUAGCUGCAGAUAAUCAGCUCCAAAGGUUUUGGGGGCUCAAGGGGCAAACUCCGUGAACACAUCGUUAAUGUCAGAGAAGAGCAACGUGGCAGUGGAGUGGAAUCCAGGAAUCAGAGCCAACAUUCCUGGAGAAACUGGAACAUGGGAUGCUGCAGAGAAAAACUUGGCAUCACGGUCUACCUCUGCUCUUCUGCUUUUCCCACUUUCUGGUGUGCUUGGCCUCCCUUCAGAUUGUGAGCCCUUUGGGUUUUUCUCUUUUUAACAUCCUUGUAUGAUACCUGGCAGCAGCAGGCCACUUAAAAAUAAAUAACUGUAACAGUUAUAACAGUU